AUGAAGUUUGAUCCGUACGUGAAUCUUGGGAUGAUUAAGCUCACAGCUACCAAAUUGCAAUGCAAAGAAAGUUGUAUCUACCAUAGUAUUAAGUUUGUUGUACAAGGAAAGGAAUGCAUUCCUGAUACGAAUGUAUGUUUUCAAAUUGUGGAUUCCUACAUGAUUGAGUUCGGGCAAUUCGUGGCAAAACGCGAUUUGGUGCUUUCCGAUUUCACGGAAUACUCGCUGACCGGCGUCGAGAUCGAGCCAACAAAACCGUUGUCGUGGGAAAACGUGAACUCGCGCGAAUGGCCCGUCAACAAGUUGGUUAUCAAUGCAAGAUAUGCGCGACUUUUGAUCGCCGCCGGCUUUUUCAUGGAAAGUAUGACAUUCGACGAGAAUGAGCCGAAAAAAGUGUUGAUUGCUGGACUUGGUGGUGGCGUCAUAUCGAAUUUUCUCGGAGAAGUCGCCUACCUCAAUAUAAAAACCACUGUUGUCGAAAUCGAACCAAAAAUUAUCGAAAUUGCUGAGAAGUACUUUGACCAUGAGCAAACUGCCGAUGUCAACGUUAUUCAAGGCGAUAUACACAAUGUGCUUGACAAAAAAAUUGGCGAUGAACGUUACAACUUGAUUAUAAUAGACGCCUGUGAAAAUCGUGUCGCUGACAUUAUGUGCCCUUCUGUUCUCACACGAGAUUUCGUGAAAAACGUAAAGGAUCAUUUAGAGGCGAAUGGCACGGUUGCUGUGAACAUUUUCAUCACCAGUGAUCAUGAUAAGAAUGAAAAAAUGAUUUUGAAAUUAUAUGAAACCGAGUUUGAUUCCUGCUUUUUUAUGGAAUAUAUGAUUGAUAGAAAGGUGCUUAUCUGCACUCCACGCAAAAACUGGACAUGGGACGAAAAUAAAAAAUCGAUGCAUAAACGUCUCGAAGAAGUCGAUGAUAUAUUCGAGUUCCAAUUGCAUCGGUUUUUCGCAAAGACGAAUGAAUUCGCUGCCAACAAUGAUUAUAGCCUUCCGCCCAGAUUAACGCCGAUUGAGCCGGACAAUAUCCCACGAAACGAUAGAUUUCCAAAUCUUUCACACGAAUCCAAAUGUCGUUAUGCGCAAAAAGUGAAAGCGGCUCUUCAAAGUAUGGAAAUGCUCGGCCUGCAGAGUGAUCCGCGUUAUUAUAAGAUGAAAAUUUUUCUUGCACAAUUCACAGAAGAAAAGCUGGAAUCAUUUGAGACGCCACCACGCAAUGGAAAAGUCAAAUUCACCGAUGUUCAAAUGAAACAGCUAAAAGCGCAGAUUGCGGUCUAUCACAUUCUGAAAAACAAUGCACCUCUUAGUCAGGAAUUACGAAAAGAUGCCAUUAGCUAUCCUCCUCAGGAGCCUUAUGUUCCUGGAUCAAAAGGAAUGGUGUCAUAUCUGAACUAUUUCGAAAAGUUCACCCAAAUUACACGAGAAUUACCGUUUGUAAAACGCGAUGCCAUCGAUUUCGGAACAAUACCUGCAAGAGAUAUUCAGAAGGAGAAAGAUUUGAUAAUACGUGAACGGUUAAAAGAAAAGGCCAAAUUAAUUGAGCGCAACUUGAACAGAUUCCCACCUGAAAUGCAGACGAAGGCUAAAAUUGAAAUGCGUGCUCUUCGAUUAGUCGGAUUUCAGGCUCAAGUACGAGACGAAGCAAUGGCUUAUGUGAAAAAAGUGAUACCAAAAGAGUUCCUUCUCAAUCCAUAUUCAAUUCGACGAUCGAAAGAAGAAUACCAAAAGGAAUUGAAAGGUUGCCACUGGAAAAUGGUUUUGGAGAAGCAGCGGCGUCAAAAGAAUAACAACUUUUUGCACGCGCUUGUUAAGCAUGCGCGCGAAUUCAAAGAUUUCCACAAACAAAAUAUGGCAAAACACAACAGAGUUCGGAAGCAGAUGACUUUGCAUCAUCAAAGCAUUGCACGCGAGAAGAAACGAGAUGAGAUGAGGAACGAGAAGCUUCGUAUACAGAAACUCAUUCAGGAAGAUGAAGAAGGCUACCGAGCAAUGCUUGAUGAGAAGAAAGAUCAACGCUUGGUGUAUCUGCUCCAGCAAACCGAUGUGUACAUUGAUAGUUUGUGCACACUUGUCAAGAAACACCAAGGACAUGAUGAUCCUAAAGAGCCGUCGCUUAUGGAGCGGAGAAGAGAUGAAUUUGCUGGUCUCGAUGCCGAGGAAAAAGCAAAGAAAAUUCUCGAGAAAGCACGACAAGAAGAGGAUGAAUACGAGGUGGAAAAUCCCAAGGAUCAAAUGGAAAAUUAUUAUGCUACGGCUCAUCAAACGCGCGAGGUCAUUACUGAGCAACAUUCAAUGAUGGGCGAGGGAGAUCCGAAUUUGAGAUUGAAGCCCUAUCAGAUCAAAGGGCUGGAAUGGCUUGUGUCUCUUUACAAUAAUAAUUUGAAUGGAAUUCUUGCCGAUGAAAUGGGAUUAGGAAAAACUAUUCAAACUAUUUCGUUCAUUACAUAUUUGAUGCAAAUGAAAAGAAACAUUGGUCCAUACCUUGUGAUAGUUCCACUAUCUACAAUCUCAAAUUGGUUCAACGAGUUUAUUAAAUGGGCUCCAAAGGUUCAAGUGAUCGUUUACAAAGGAAAUAAGGAUUGCCGAAAAGCGACAGAGCCGGCUAUUAAAAGCGGAAAAUUUCAUGUGCUAUUGACGACAUUUGAAUACGUCCUUAAGGAAAAGGCCUUGCUUUCAAAGCUUCGUUGGAAAUACAUGAUUAUUGACGAAGGUCAUCGAUUAAAAAAUAGUAAUUGCAAGUUAACUUCGUUGCUCAACACUCAUUUCCAAACUCAACAUCGGCUGUUAAUCACAGGAACGCCGCUUCAAAACAAGCUUCCUGAAUUGUGGGCUUUGCUCAAUUUCUUGUUGCCAACGAUUUUCUCAUCAUGCGGCACAUUUGAGCAAUGGUUUAAUGCGCCAUUUGCUACUACUGGUGAAAAGGUGGAGUUGACCGACGAGGAAACAAUGCUCAUUAUCAGAAGAUUGCACAAAGUGCUACGUCCAUUUUUGCUCAGAAGGCUCAAGAAAGAGGUGGAAUCACAACUUCCUGAGAAAACGGAAUAUAUUGUCAAAUGUGACAUGUCAGCCCUCCAAAACGUUUUGUAUACACAUAUGCAACAGGGACUUCUGCUUGAUGGAAAAAUGUCGACUGGAUCGAAAACGUUAAUGAACACAAUGAUGCAUUUGAGAAAAUUGUGCAAUCAUCCGUUCCUUUUCCCACACGUUGAGGAAUCCUGUAGAGUUUUUUGGAACGUGCCCGAAGUGUCCGGAUAUAAUUUGAUGCGAGUGUCUGGCAAAUUGGAGCUUCUCGAUCGGAUCCUUCCUAAACUUCGAGUAACCGACCAUCGGGUCUUGAUUUUUUUCCAAAUGACGAGUAUGAUGACUAUUCUUGAAGAUUACCUGACUUAUAGAAAAUACCGCUAUUUACGGUUGGAUGGUAGCACAAAGCCUGAUGAAAGAGGGGAAUUGCUCAAAAAGUUCAAUGAUCCAUCAAGCCCAUACUUCCUAUUUUUGCUUUCUACAAGAGCUGGAGGUCUUGGUUUGAACUUGCAAACUGCAGACACAGUUAUACUUUUUGAUUCGGAUUGGAAUCCUCAUCAGGAUAUGCAAGCACAGGAUCGUGCCCAUCGUAUUGGUCAGAAGCAGGAAGUGCGAGUACUCCGAUUGGUCACUGCCAAUUCGGUUGAAGAGAAAAUCUUGUCGGCUGCAAAAUUCAAAUUGAACGUUGACGAGAAAGUUAUUCAAGCCGGAAAGUUUGAUAAUCGUUCAACUGGUGAAGAGCGAAAACAAAUGCUGGAGCAGAUUAUCAGAGCUGAGGCUCAAGAUCGAACAACAGCAGAAGUGCCAGACGAUGAAGCAAUCAACGACAUGCUAGCAAGAACGGAGGAAGAAAUUCAAAUUUUCUCCAAGAUGGAUUCUGAUCGGUAUAAGGAGGAAAAGAGAAUGAAGCCAAGACUUCUUACUCAAAAGGAAAUACCUCAAGAUCUUCUUCGAGCGUCCAUUGAGGUUAAGAACCAACAAAAAGCGAAAGAAGAAGGAAAACUAGUUCAAUAUGAAGUGCUUCCUGGAUCGAGAAGAAAAAGAAAAGAGGUGGACUACUCAUUGGAUUCAAUGACCGAUGAGCAGUUUGAUAGAAGAAUCAACGGUAUCGCCUCACCUCCAAAGGAGAAAACACCUCCGCCACCUCGUGUUGUUGAUAAAGAAGGAUUCGUCGCACCUUUCCCGCCGAAAAAACGACGACGACUUUCGAAAAAUGGUGAAAUGGAAAAGCAGCUUCUGGAAGAGCGUUCGAGAAAGGAAAAUGAAGAGAAGGAGAGAAAAGAAAAGGAAGAACUGGAAAAGAAAGAAAUGGAAGACCAAGAGAAGAGGAUGCUGAAAGAAAUGAGGAAGAAAGAAAAACGAAAGCAUCACGGUGAUUUGGAUGAGUCGGAAAAGAAGAAAAAAAGAAUGAAAGAGAAGAAAGCUGAAAAAGAAUCUGAGAAGGAACGUACGGAAUCUGAGGAAAAGGCUACACUGAAGAAAAUUACCAUUCUUCCUUCGUCACUUUCAAAUGCUCCUUCGCGACCGCUGCCAAUACCCCCGCCACUACCCAAAGCUGCUCCACUGCCUCCAGUGCUGCAAAAAGAAGUUUCGGAUGCUUCGACACCUCCAAAGUCUACACCAGUUCCGCCACCUCUUCCGAAAGCUGGCGAAACGCCGUCACCGUUGAAAAAGAAGCUCAUUCCACCACCACUACCGCGACCAAGGCCAAUCCCUCCACCGCUUCCAAAAUCUGUAAAGGUUGCCGCCAGUAAAACGAAUCAGGAAGAAGCUGUUGCAAAACCGGAAAAAUCCGAUUCUCAGCCAAAACUGACAUUGAAGUUGCCUUCUGCAAAGUCGACAGAAUCGGAAGCCGCUCCAAAGCUAAAAUUGAAGAUCCCAUCGUCAAAGCCAACAGAAGAAGAUCAUCUCCUGAAGCCGAAAGUAAAGGCUCCUGCAGCGCAAACUGCAGAGACGGAAUCCAUUCCAAAGCUGACGGUGAAGUUACCUCCGCCAAGAACGACGGAAAACGAACCAACUCCGAAACUGGCAAUCAAGUUGCCUGCACCGCAGUCUGAAGAGACGGAACCUGCUCCGAAGUUGACCAUCAAGCUGCCUGUUCCAAAGAAGGCAGAAGCCGAAGAACACGUUCCGAAAUUGACCCUGAAGUUGUCAAUUCCGAAGCCUGCCGAAGCGGAAUCUCCAUCGAAGCCGUUUAACGUAGAAUCCGUUAAAAAUCCGACAGAAUCGGACUCGAUCAACCACCCGCCAAUUCCAAAACUCAGAAUUCCACUCAAACCGCCAGUUGUUGACCAAUCGCCACUGCGCAUCAAACUAAUCUUGCCGAAACCACAAACGCUUGAUUGCGAGCCAGGACCAUCACCAAAACCGGAAGUGAAUUCAGGAUCACAUUCGGAAUCCUCUUCAGGAUCAAAAUUGAAGAAGUUACAUUCAAAAGCCGGACGAAUGACUGGACAUCCAAGAGCUGGUCGAAUGACAGGAAUUCCGAAACACGGUAAUAGGUCGCUGCAUCCGAGAGCGGCACGAAUGACGGGACGUCCGGAACACGGCCGAAAAUCGUCAGAACUGAAAAUUGAGCCAAUCAGUCUAGAAAGGAAAGAAGAGCCAAAGCCGGAUGCCAAAGAAGAGCCGAAUGGAGAGUCAUCAUCAGUUACGAAUUCACUCGUCAUUUCACAUCCAGACAAGCCAACGUUGAAGCUGAAAAUCAAACUGCCAAUGUGUGAGCCAUCGGUGGAAACUGAUGAAACUUCGGACAAGGAAAAAGUUAAAAAGGACAAAAAGAAGAAAAAGAAGAGGAAACAUGAAUCGUUGGACGAGGAAGCAGAAAGAGAGAGGAAAUUAGCGAAACGUGCGAAAAAGGAACGUGAAAGACUUCAACGUGAAUUGGAUGAUUUGAAUGCCUAG